CUUUUUGUUGCCUUGAUUACUCUCUCCAUAUAAUAUGUCUCUGUUCCCAACCUCUGAGACUCAUGAAAUCGAGUCAGUAUUCAACUUUAGAAACCCAAAGUCUUUGAAAAUGGAAAAACAAAACAAAAAAGAAGAGUAAAGAUAUUAUUAUCCCAAUACAUUAACAUUACCUCUGAUGGAAACACAGGCCCUCUCUCCAUAACUCCAGUUUAGAAUCACCUGGACCCUUCUCGGGUUCACUAUUACUAAUGAACCACCCGCGUGUUUUUGAAGUAGCUGAAAUUAGGUUAUUGGCCAAAGACCGCGUUCGCGUUUUCUAUUAUUAUUAUUAUUAUUAUUAUUAUUAUUAUUUAAACGAUGCUCUUUAUGUUUCUAUCUAUCUAUCUAUUAACAUCUCGCGCUCUUCUGUUUUUACGUAUGCUCUCCUCAACUUAUUUGUAAUGCCUUUUCUUUUUACAUGCUUUAUUUACACAAUGACAUAUACUCUGCCAAAUUUUUGGGGUUCAUUCCGCGGAAUUCUAUUUAUUAUCUUUUUAGGCGCGUAUGUUAGUAUAAAUGCUAUGGGCUAUGAGCAUCUAAAAAAGAGCCGCGAGCGAGCAAAAAGGGGAGAGAAAGAUAGAGAGAGAGAGAGAGAGAGAUGAAUAGAUAGUGUGUCUUCUCUGUUGUUGUUGUUGUUGUUGUUAUUGUUGUUUCUUUUUGUAUAACA